AUGUAUUCUAGAAAGAUCACAUAUCUCUGGACUCUUCUCGCCAUUGGAGUCACCAUCGCCUCGGGACUGCCCACUCCUCAACUCGACAAUGACGACCUUGACUGUGGGUCAUGGGAUGAUGAGGCCGACCUGGAGCAAAGCACUUCCAUCAUAUCAGCCACAGCGACACAUACACCAACGCCUUUGAUCGCUCAAGCAUCUUUUACAUCAAAUCCAUCUGCUGCGACAUUUGCCACUUCAGUGCGCAUAGCACAGGCAUCGUCAACCAGCGACCCUGCUUCGACGAACCCUUUCUUCGCACCUCCUACCAAUUCUUUUGUGCCCGUCACACCGCCAAGCUAUGCCUUCUACCUCCAGAGCAGUAGCAGUGGCAGCUCGAACGGGCUCUACGUUGCAGUCAGUGCUGGCACUGGCGGCUUGGCUACCUUUACGGCAAACAAGGGUCUAGCGACAAAGUUCACGAUCGAUUCUUCUGGAGACCUUGUCGAACAAAGCCCUUCUCAAGGCUAUGUAGGCACUUUGAACCCAGAGAUGAAUGCGCAGAAGCUGGGAUUCAAGGUGUACGAUGGAAGCAACAGCUACGGACGUCUCAAUUGCCAGAGACAGAGCGGAGGUCUUAGCUGCAAUGUGGGCGGAGUGGGGUACUCUGCUGCCACGUGUGGGAAUGAUGGAGCGCUCUACUUUACGAAGACGGCUGCGGCUGGGUGUAUGGCGAUCAAUCUUGUACCAGUCUUUCCUUGA